AUGGAGCAACCUGAGGUUUUUGUGGAAGAGGGAUUCCUCGCUCAAGACUAUGACGCGACCCUUGACGCGACCAUCGACGCAGCCGAUGUCGAAGUCGAUGAAUUCGACUUCCAGCUAGACGGAGUUUUUGAAACAGAGAAUGUUUCCACCGAGGCCAAUAUUGGGGAUUCCGCGGAUGUCCCCAUCGAUUUCGAGAUCGGUUAUGACGAUGACGAAGUGCAAGCAGCCACCGAAGAGAUCUCUACAGGAUACCGUGACGAAAUUAGUUACGAUGAUGAAGAGCCCACCGCGACCGAGCCCGAUGUCGCUGUCGCCGGCGGUGGAGGUUCUUCUACUCUAGACCUGGGAGUUUCUAUGAGUAAAUCCGAAGAGCACACCGAGUCAUUCCCGGAGGCGCUCGACAAUAGCGCCCAAUCAUCUGAAGCAAACCCGGAGGCACCAGAGGCCCAAGAUCAGAAUGUUUCUGAGCACAUCAGGGUCACAUCCUUGCCUCGCACGUUUGAGAGUCAAGGGGAGGAGACCGUGGUUCCUCAAAACUCGAAUGGUGACGAUACUCGAAAGUCAUCCUUAUCUGGUGCCAGCAUAAACCCAGUCUCUGGGGUUGAUGAGCUUGACCAAGAUGCCGCGGAUGUGCUUGAGUUCUCUCAUCCAUUUCCCGUUGUGGAAGUAUUGUACAAUGAAUGUCGCUACUCAUUGUUUGGCUCUCCCAACGACGACCCUGAUUCGUAUUUUCUAUCGGAUUUGGAAGAGUCAGACGGCCCAUUGUCCGGAUUUCUCAACUCGAUCCGUGAUGUCCUUGGGGACGAUAUAUCUCCUCUCGAUGAGCUCUUGGUGCGGAUCGAUUCUUUGAACCUCGAAUUUGGGGAAAAUUCGCGUCCCAAGUUCUUGACACGGACCUUCCGUGAGAUAGUCCAUUGUCAUAUUGCACUCGUUGACAUUGAAGCCAUCGAGUCACAACCCCUGGUGCUUCGUUUAUCCACACGGCUAGACUGUGAAGAGCGUUUUAUCCGGCUUCUGGAGGAUGCAGGUAUCGAGGGGGCUGUCUUGCAGUCGAUUUCUGGGUCUGAGGUCCCUCAAGGACUAUCUCAAGGAUUAGACGAAAGACAAUCCGCCGAAAUCGAGACUCAGGAGCAGGUCUAUGACGAAGGAUCUAAUGAGUCGCAUACAAACGAAUACGGCCUUGAAGCAGACACCUCUGCUACCCACGAUAUUGGCGGUGCGGCGAAGGUUGCACUAGUGGCAAACGAAGGCGAAUCCGGUGAUAACCAUCCCGAAUCCACUGCCAACUCUGAGUCUCCAGCCGAUGAAUUUGGAGACGAAUACGGCUUUGAAGCAGGCACUCUUGGGCUUCAGGGAGGGGAAGGCUUUGCAGAGCUCGAGGUGGAUGUCGCUGGCCAAUUCGACGACAACGUCGCGCCUGAGCAGGCUUCACACGACAGUGAUUUGCUGCUUGAUUUCACCAAACAGCCCUUUGAAGAACACGGUCUUAACCAGCUUGGAGACGAGGUUGGAGGCGUUACAGAUCAGUUGACGGCGGCUUCCAACGAGGGUGGAAGCAUUCUAGGGGAAAACUUGCAUGGUAAUACCCCCUCUUUCAUUUCUUCGAUGGAGUGUGCCCCCCUGGCGAGCAAGUAUCCGGCGAAGAAGUCUUCAAACGUGUUCUUUGACGACGAUGGUUUUUUUGUCGACUACUCGGACGAUGAAGAUCGUGCUUCUCAUACCCACCAACCCGGCGAGAAACGCAAGGCAGUGGCUUCGGCGGGCCAGCCAGCCAUAAAGAGACUCAAGUCUGAAGACACUUUCAUGGACGGAAUCGACUAUUCCGAAGACGACUACGAGCCAUUUUCUUCAGCUGCCAAAAAAGCGCGAACUGUUUCUCGGGUCGAGACUGCGAGUGGUGGAAAACCAGAGGCUGGCAUCACAACAGGAGACGACGCUAACGUCGGAGACGCUUUUACUCGACACGACCACCCUCUCGAGAAAUCCGACGGCGAAUACGAUGAGUAUACAGGUGACUAUAAGGCAACAGAGAACGCUCAUACUAGCGCAACUUCCACAAUUAAUGGCGAUGAGAUCGACUACGACGAGAACGAUCUCGCAACUGAGUCCUUCAUGUUCGAGGAGGAUACUCAUGAUGAAUGGGACCAGGCUUAUGGGACCGCGAACGACGAGAUUGAUUGGGAGAACGAUGGAGACGGGGAGAGUGUCGAACCAAAUGAACCGUCGCCCGCCUUGACUCCAUCGAGUCUUCCAGUCAAGAGAAGUAGACUUGACGGUGCCGAGGGCCUCGCUGACGAGUCCGCGGGCUGGAUCCACCAGCUCGUCCUCGAGGCCAUUAUCGAGACCAAGAAGCCUAACGACUAUGUCGCUCUCGCCGAGGAAGCCGCACUCUCACACGCCAGCAGCAUCGCCAAGAUCCCUACUGAUUUGCAGAAGGAACGCAAAGAUAUUCCACUGUAGCGCCCUCUGUCCGACUUUACCGGCCUCUACUAAUUUCUGGCUAGCUAGUCUAAUCUCGGCAGCUGAGCCCAGACCUUCUCUCAUAUAGCUGCAGGCUCUGAAUGCUAAUAACAUUGUACGAUACUGGAUUUGUUGUCUCAUUGCGGGUGAUGGUGAUUGACUGUCGUUUCACUGGGUUGAGAACACCAUUCUGCU